UUUACCAUUCUGUACAUACACACUUUUGGUACCUCAUACAGCAGAGCUUACAAACAAAUCUGCACUAUUCCUUUAAAUAUUCCUACAUAAGAAGAACCAGCAAAAUAAGUUUUUCUUCUUUGGUAUAAGCUUCCACUAUAUACAGUUCUAAGAAACAGCUUGGUUCAAAUUGUCUUUCUCUUUUUUAGUCUCUUUUUGGUCUUUUAUAUCCUCACUGGCUGCAAAAAAUACUGAACUGGUUGAUCUCUGAUCUUCCGAUCUUGCUACAUGUAUUGUUUUGGUUUCUGUCUGUGUAGAUAUUGAAAUGUAAAGUUAUGUCCUGUUUAUUUUACCCAGCAAGAGAUUUGAACAUGUCGCUUCCCACCCACCACACAGCUUUAUUCACAGUUACCUCAUUUAUAGAUAACGAUUUAAAUAUGAUUUCAAACACACUGCAUCACUGUGCUGUUCAAACUUGAAAUCGAAUUAAGGAUGACCAUCUGCGGUUUCAAAUUCACCCAACAGGGGGAGUCAUUCCAUCACAAAAAACUGCAGAGUUAAUGAAUAAAUAAAGUCAUAUUCAUUAUUUAUAGCUGCUUUUGAUGUUCAGUGAAACAUUAAAUUAAAAUGAAACAGAUAUAAUGUUUGAUUGUGGUUGAUGAAGAUCUGAAGGAAGGAGGAGGAAAAUAUGACAGAAAAUAAAAGGAGGAAAGGAAUGAUGUAAACGAGGGAAGAGGAGGAGAUGUUUCUCUUCAGUUGUGAGACACGGAGGAGGUUUGUGGAGGAUCACAUUCUCUCCGGCUCAGACUAAGAGCUGCUUGAAUCAUCGCUCUGAUCCUCCUCCUCUCAGACAGAAAGAGGAGGAGGAGGAGGAAGAGGAGGAUGUGCGACUGCUUUUCAGUCCCAGAUUCUAUAACGACAAGAAACAACCCAGAAGUCAAGGAGAACACACAUCCGUUCCUCAGGACGGCUAGAAGAUGCGGGAUGCUGACAUUUGCUCUGAAUAUUUUGGAAGAAGAUGAGUUCUUCAUAAGAAGAUGAUUUAGAAUUUGGAAGUAUCAGUUGCUUUUAUUUCUGACAGAAUUUUUUUAUUUGGAUGCUGAUUCAUCAAAAAGACUGUUGACCAUUGGACACAGAUACUGGGGUUUUGCUGCAGGACAAUGUUGUAGCUUCAGCUUUUUCACCAAAAGAAAAUGGAGUCUGAAAGAAUUUCUGGACAAAAAUAAAAUGAAGUUUGGAAACAGUUUGAACUUUUUAACAUGCAGAUGACAAAGUUGGGAACCAGGUUUGCUAUUUGAAGGUAACAAAGAUGAAGUUUGGAGGCAGUUUGUGCACCCUGAACGUUGGCGGCCGCAAGUUUUCCUUCUCAGCAGAGCUGAUGAAGCGCCUCCCUCUCAGCAGACUUAGCCGACUGCAUCGCUGUGUGUCGGAGAGCGAGCUACUGGAGCUCUGUGACGACUAUGACCAUGACAGGAAUGAGUUUUUCUUUGACCGGCACUCUGAGGCCUUCAGCUUUAUUAUGCUGUAUUUGCAGCAUGGGAAGCUACGCUUCGUGCCUCACAUGUGCGAGCUGUCCUUCUACAACGAGAUGCUGUACUGGGGCCUGGAGAGUGGUGACCUGCAGCCCUGCUGCCAGCGACGCCUCGAUGACCGCCUGUCUGACUGUUUUGUCCACUUCUUUCCUGAGGAGGAGCCACGGGGCCCUGAGGAGCCCGAGAACCACUGGUUGGAAAGGAUGAGAAGGACCUUUGAGGAGCCCACAUCUUCACUGGUGGCACAGAUCCUUGCCUCUGUGUCCAUGCUCUUCGUGGUCAUCUCCAUGGUGAUGCUGUGUGCUAGCACCUUACCAGACUGGAAAACCCCCGAGACCCUGGACCAGCACAGGAUCAUUGAAGCGGUGUGUAUCGGUUGGUUCACAGCUGAGUGUAUCAUCCGUUUCCUUGUCUCUAAAGAUAAAUGUGAGUUUGUCCGUCGUCCUCUGAACAUCAUCGACCUGCUGGCCAUCACACCGUACUACAUCUCUGUUACUGUGACAAAUCUAACAGGGGAGAACUCACAGUUGCAGCGGGCCGGAGUUACUCUGCGCGUCCUUCGCAUUUUGCGUAUCUUCUGGGUGAUCAAGCUUGCACGUCACUUCUUGGGUUUGCAGACACUUGGCCUGACGCUGCGACGCUGCUACCGUGAGAUGAUGAUGCUGCUGAUUUUUGUUUUUGUUGCAAUGGCAAUCUUCAGCGCACUGGCACAGCUGCUGGAGCACGGCUUGGACCUGGAGUCUGGAAACCAGGCCUAUGCCAGCAUCCCUGCUGCCUCCUGGUGGGUGAUCAUCUCCAUGACAACUGUUGGGUACGGGGACAUGUACCCAGUGACCGUUGCAGGACGCGUGCUGGGUGGCCUCUGCGUAGUGAGUGGCAUCGUGCUGCUGGCACUGCCCAUUACCUUCAUCUACCACAGCUUUAUCCAAUGCUACCAUGAGCUCAAGGUGCGCUCUGCCCGCUGCACCCAUAGCCUGUCUGCUGAGUUCAUCCACUGAAAGCUGCUGAGAUGUAGAAGUAACAUGGAGUUUAACCUCCAGAGACAGAGGCAAUAUGGAGGAAAACGCCUGACUGCUGUGAUGGAGGAGCAACAUGGAGUUCAUUGACUCAAUGGAUUUUGAAGCAUCCUGAAGAUCUCAAUGUCUAACAAACUCCAAAACCAAAACAAAAAAGCUCCACAUCAGGUCCAACAAAGACUUUUAAAACUUUUGUUUUGACAUCUGAGGAGCUUGUAUGUUUGAUCCAUUCUGCUCAGGAUUGUUUUAGUGGUAGAUGUCUUAGUUUGAAUUUCUAAAUAGCUUCCUCUGAAGUCAGAGGACUAUUAUCUGACAGGAGCUAUUGGCGAACGAUGUUGAGCACAAUUCCUUAAAGGAGUUA